UCCUUAAGGAUUAACGAUAACGCAAGCGUUAUCUUAAAAAAGGAGAUUGUCCUCGUCGUGUUCAAGUGGCUGCGAUGAUUUGGACCAAGGAUUUCAUCUUGGUGUCGCUCCUUAUUGUCACUGCAGGUGCUCUGCAGGUGGACAUCAUGCCGGCCCAGGGGGAGAUCAGUGUGGGAGAGGGCAAAUUCUUCCUCUGUGAGGUUGUGGCAGGUGCGAAGGAGAUCGACUGGUUUUCUCCGUCGGGGGAGAAGAUCGAGCCGAACCGCCCGGACAUCACAGUAACCCGGACCGACGAGACCACGUCCACCCUCACCCUCUACAGCGCCACCCUGGACGACGCCGGCACCUACAAGUGUGUGGCGCGCCGCGGCAGCGAGGAGGGAGAGGCCACUGUCAACGUCAAGAUCUUCCGUAAGCAUCAUCUUUCUCUUCAUCCUCCUCCUCCUCCUCACUGCCACUAGUUUACACCAAACACA